ACCUAAAUAAUAAAAAAAGAUAAAAAAGCUUCCCUUCCCUUCGUUUGCUUAAACCCUAAACCAUCCACCCACAAAGAAUUCAUUAUCGGUAACUUUGAGCGUAACGUCGGAACUCCACCAACUCACACUCGCCUAGCCAUCGGCGGUUGUUCUCUUGCUGUCGGAAUCCGCCUGUGGCAGUCCUUUAUUCUAUUAACCAAGCCGUGCUCGGACCUUGCCUCAGCUUGAACGUGGGGGCAUACUUUCAAGGUGAGUGGUAACUGUAAAUAUGUAAUAUAUUCUUUUCAUUGAAUCCGUUUAUGAAUAUCUGAUUGAAUCGUAGAGUUAAUGUGGGCUAAAGAAUUGUUAAGUUUUGAGAGAGGUUAGAUGGAAUUCUUAGACAUUCACUUGGAAAAAUCUCAACAUUUUCCGGGACCUCGGCAUAUUGUGUUUUGGAAACUAAAUGUGAAUAACUUGUGUACGGUUGUCAUUGGAUUAAUAAUGAUGGUAUUUUGAAUCGAUAUGAGUUGAUUGGUUGUGAUUUUCGAUCGUUUAUUGGCAAGCACGAAAAAGAAUGGCGAUACCACAGUUAUAUGGGCGGACAAAAAAUGUGACCAAAAGAUCAAAGAAGUACCUGGAAGAAGCACUGUAUGUGAGGCUGUUCAGAGAAGGCAGCUCAGAGGUAAGUGUGAGACAACAGUUAAAUCAGUUCCUCAAGAGCUCCAAGCUUGUCUUCAAAUGGGAAGUAAGCGACACCAUCAAGAAGCUUCGCAGUCGCAAUCUUUAUCACCCUGCUCUCAAGCUAUCAGAAACUAUGUCUAAGAGGGGUAUGAAUAAAACUGUGAGUGAGCAAGCUAUACAUCUUGAUCUUGUUGCCAAAACUCGAGGCAUACCUGCUGCAGAAAAUUACUUCAUUGAUCUACCCGAAACAUCCAAGAACCUUCUAACAUAUGGAGCUCUUCUCAACUGUUACUGUAAAGAAUUGAUGACUGAAGAAGCUGAAGCUCUCAUUGAAAAGAUGAAGGAGCUCAAUCUUGGUUUAAGCUCCAUGUCUUACAAUAGCUUUAUGACUCUCUACACAAAAGUGGGUCAGCCUGAAAGGGUCCCAGAAAUUAUACAAGAAAUGAAGGCUAACAAUGUCAUGCCAGAUUCUUACACAUACAAUGUCUGGAUGAGGGCUCUGGCAGCUGUAAAUGAUAUUUCUGGUGUUGAAAGAGUAAUGGAGGAGAUGAAGAGGGAUGGCCGAGUUGCUGCCGAUUGGACAACAUAUAGCAACUUAGCCUCGAUUUAUGUUGACGCUGGCUAUUUUGAGAAGGCGGAAACAGCACUUAAAGAACUGGAGAAGAGAAAUGCAAACAAAGACCUUUCUGCCUUUCAGUUCCUCAUUACUUUGUAUGGCCGAACAGGAAACUUGCUUGAAGUUUAUCGAAUAUGGCGUUCUUUGAGGCUGGCUUUUCCUAAAACUGCAAAUAUAAGCUAUCUAAAUAUGAUUCAAGUGCUGGUUAACUUGAAGGAUGUACCUGGUGCAGAGAAGUGCUUCAGGGAAUGGGAAUCUGGGUGCUCAACUUAUGAUAUCAGGGUCGCAAAUGUUCUCAUAAGUGCAUAUGCCAAGGAAGGCAUGCUAGAUAAGGCAGAGGAGCUCAAGGAGAGGGCCUGCAGGAGAGGAGCCAAACCUAAUGCUAAAACCUGGGAAAUAUUUUUAGAUUAUUAUUUGAAAAAUGAGGAUAUCAAAGUGGCAGUUGAUUGUUUAGCUAAAGCGGUAUCUACUGGUAGAGGGAAUGGUCAGAAGUGGGUUCCAUCACCUGUGAUUGUAGGGUCUUUGAUGGCACAUUUUGAGCAGCAGAAAGAUGUGGAUGGUGCAGAAGGUCUUAUUGAGAUUUUGAAGAAGGCUGUAGAUGAUGUAGCAGUGGAGGUAUUUGAGUCAUUGAUUAGAACUUAUGCAGUGGCUGGAAGGAAAAGCCAGAUGAUGCGUCGCCGAUUGAAGAUGGAGAAUGUGGAAGUGAGCGAUGAUUGUGAGAAGUUGCUUGAAGCAAUAUGCGUGGAGUGAGUUUUAUGUACUGUUUCAGUUUGUUCCCAUGAUAACAUUUGUUCUAGGAUCAAUUUUGAAUGGUUUAACUUGCUACUUGUUCUAAUAAUGAAAUGUUGCAUCUGCUUCAUUUGUUAUGGUGGAGAUACAUAUAGCUGACGAUAAACAAAGUAAUGCUGUGUUUGUAAGCUCCAUUGUCCCAAAACUAUGAAACUAAGGGUACUGCUAAAUUCACUAUCAUUUUGUUA